GUUCCCUAUAAUUCCCGCUAAGGUAUCUUGUGACAAUGGAGUAACUACCUAGCAAUAGCCUAGCAAUUAUAGCAGUAGAGUACCUAACAGCAACCCUCUGAACGAAUCGCCAUGAGGUAGGUAGAUGGUUGGGAAGCACUUAGAGCCUAAGUCGUAUGUUGUAUGUUGUAUAUAUUGCACCAAAGUAGUGAUUCGUCGUAUUGUCGUAAUAAAUUGAUUCUCGUCCCUCCUUAAACCGUUUCAGUCCAAUAACUUCCAAUAACUUCAACUUUUAUCACCAACUCCUAUACCCCUUACAAAACUUAUAAGAUCCCGACAUCUGGAUAUUUCUUGAUAUCCGACUCAUCGAUUAUCGAUUAAUAUAGUUGAACUUACCUACCUGCACACCAAGAAACCUAUAAUGUCGUCGAAAUCCAGACUACCCCUCGUCCUUGGCCUGACGGCUGCAGGUGGUAUUGGUUACUACCUAUACAGCGCCGGCGGUAACACGAAUGUCGCUCAGAAGAACGCUCAAGCCGACGCUCACAAAGUUUCUGCCCAAUUCAAAUCAGACCUACCCGGUCGAGGAGAACAGGCUAAGAAAGACGCCGAGAAGUACGGUGCCGAAGCGGGUGCAAAGGUCGACAAUACUAUCCACAAGACAGAAGCUGAACUGCGAAAGGCUGCUGCUGAAGCCGAGGCCUACGCAAAGGAAGCCAAGGCCGCUGCUCUAAAGAAGGUGGACGAGUUCGACAAAAAGGUCGAAACCGAAGCGUCCAAGGCCAAGAGCGGUAUCUCUAGCUGGUUUGGCGGAAGCGGAAAAUAAACAAACAGGUCGGUGGCGGCUCGUUGUUCUGGGUUAGAUGACAUGGGAUUAAGGUCAGGUUUGACGACGAAGGAUCAUCCAAAAUGGCCAAACGGAUUGUUCUGUACGAUUGACGUUUAUACGCAUCAUAAUAAAUAUCCUCAUUGCCGGCCCUCUA